UCUUUGUCGUAACAGGAACCAAUGAGAGUGAUGUAUGAGCAAAUAGCCCUCGUCGAUCAAUUUUAGCACAAGACACAGCACGAUCCAAACUUUAACCCGGUCGAGGUUUCUGUUGAACGACUGAGAAUGUUGUCGGCGAGGUCUCGACCGUGGGUUGCUCUAUUGUUAGUGUUGAUUGUAGGAACUCUUGGAGGUUCCAUGGAGUCCAAACCCCAUCGGAUUCUCGUGGAUACUGAUGUUGAUACCGAUGAUUUCUUCGCUUUGCUCUACCUUUUGAAGCUCAACAGAUCAGAAAUUGAAUUGGAGGGUGUCACCAUCAAUGCAAAUGGUUGGACCAGUGCUGGGCAUGCUGUUAAUCAAAUUUAUGACCUACUUUACAUGAUGGGGAGAGAUGAUGUCGCAGUUGGAGUGGGAGGUGAAGGUGGGAUACUUGAAAAUGGUACCAUACUCCCUGAUGUUGGUGGAUAUCUACCAAUUAUAGAACAGGGGAUGACGACAGUAGGAGGUUGCAGCUACAGGCGGGCCAUUCCUGUGGGUCUUGGAGGCCGCUUAGAUAUCGAUUCAAAUUAUGGUAUCAGGAAAGCUUUCCUACCACAGGGAGAAAGAAAAUACUGUCCACUGCAACAACCAACGGCUCAGCAAGUGUUGAUCGAAAAAGUAUCUGCAGGUCCCAUAACUUUGCUUGUGAUUGGAGCACAUACGAACAUUGCAAUUUUCCUAAUGAAUAAUCCACACCUAAAGAAAAAUGUGGAACACAUUUAUAUAAUGGGUGGUGGCGUGAGAUCAAGCAAUCCCACAGGGUGUUGCCCCAAAAAUGCUUCAUCUUCCUGCGUGCCUCGGCAGUGUGGUGACCGUGGCAAUAUGUUUACGGAUUAUAAUACUAACCCUUAUGCAGAGUUCAAUAUAUUUGGAGACCCUUUUGCAGCAUACCAGGUGGUUCAUUCUGGAAUUCCCGUCACCCUUGUUCCUCUUGAUGCAACAAACACAAUCCCCAUUAAUGAAGACUUCUUUAAUGCAUUCGAAAAGAGUCAAGACACAUACGAGGCACAAUACUGUUUCAAAUCCUUGAAAAUGGCUCGUGAUACUUGGUUUGACAACGAAUUCUAUUCGAGUUAUUUUAUGUGGGACUCUUUCGCAGCUGGUAUAGCCGUCUCAAUCAUGAGCAAACCCAAUAACCAAAAAGGAGAAAAUGAAUUUGCUGAAAUGGAGUUUAUGAACAUAACUGUUGUUACUUCUAACAAACCCUAUGGAAUAUCUGAUGGCUCCAACCCAUUCUUUGAUAACCUACAAGUUCCUAAGUUCAAUCUAGCAAAGGGUGGGGUGCAUAGUGGUCACAUUCAACAAGGACUUAGAGAUCCACUUUGCUUUGUGAAGAAUGGAAAAGGGAGAUGUCAGGAUGGUUUCACAAUGGAGACACGUGGUCCAGACUCAGUGAGGGUACUUGUUGCCACAAAAGCAAAGCCUAACCGAGAUGUUGGAAGCUUACUUGACAGAGAAUAUUUUAUAAGCUUCUUGGAUGCUCUAAAGCGGCCACAAAAUGCUGGAAAGUUCAACUUCACAAGACAGUUUCCUUACUACAGAGAAGUGACUUACAAGCCAGAUUUUCAAAAUAUAAAACUGGGGAAACCUGUUGUAUUUGACAUGGACAUGAGUGCAGGAGAUUUUAUGGCUCUAUUUUACCUCCUAAAAGUGCCUGUUCAAGUAAUCGACCUUAAGGCAAUCAUUGUGAGCCCUACUGGAUGGGCUAAUUCAGCAACUAUAGAUGUCAUCUAUGACUUACUUCACAUGAUGGGUCGUGAUGAUAUUCCAGUUGGUCUAGGAGAUGUCUUUGCAAUGAAUCAGUCAGAUCCAAUAUUCUCAGCUGUUGGAGAUUGCAAGUAUGUUAAAGCCAUUCCCCAUGGGAGUGGGGGGUUUCUGGAUUCUGACACUCUUUAUGGUUUAGCUCGUGAAUUACCACGCAGCCCAAGAAGGUAUACAGCAGAAAAUUCUGUUAAGUUUGGAGCACCUCGGAAUACAGAUCACCCUGAACUCAGACAGCCACUAGCCUUGGAAGUUUGGGAAUCUAUAUUGCUAAAAACUGAUCCAAAGUCUAGGAUUACCGUAUUAACCAGUGGGCCCUUGACUAAUUUGGCAAAGGUUGUAUCGGUGAAAGACAUAAGCUCUAGAAUUCAGGAGGUUUAUGUAGUGGGGGGGCACAUAAGCAGCAACCCCAAUGACAAAGGAAAUGUCUUUUCUGUUCCUUCCAACCAAUUUUCAGAAUUCAAUAUGUUCCUGGAUCCUUUAGCAGCUAAGACAGUGUUUGAAUCAGAACUUAACAUCACACUCAUUCCACUCAGUACCCAGCGCAAGGUAACUUCAUUUUCAACUACUAUAGGCUGGUUACGUGGGACACAAAAAACACCUGAGGCUGUUUUUUCCGAGCGUCUGCUGUCAAGGUUAUACCGGUUAAAGCAAAUCAAUAACAAAUAUCAGCAUAUGGAAACAUUUUUGGGGGAAAUUCUAGGUGCAGUUGUCCUGGCUGAUAGCCCUUCAAGUCUUAAUCCGAAAUUUGAGGUAAACCCUAUUAAAGUCUUGGCUGAUGGCAUUGAAUCCAGUGAUGGAAAAAUUGAGGUGGAUGAGAAACAUGGAAAAUUAGUGAGAAUUUUAAGCAGUGUGGAUGCUAAGGCUUAUAAUAAUUUGUAUGCAAACAAGCUUGGAGAUCAGCAACAAACAGCUAAGAUAGCCAGCUUUAAAGAACAGAGGAAAGAAUGGAGUCAUCCUCACGAUUACCAAGCUUGAGGCUACUCAUUUCUGAUUCUCCAACAAUAAAUUCGACACCUGUGACGUACUGCAACAUUCUGAUUUGAACGAAACACUAACGCAGUCCAAACCCAUACUUUCACUUUUGAUACCAAUGAAAUAGCACGGUGUCUUAUUUAUGAAAAAUAUUGUCGUCGACUAUUAUGUUUGAUUUUGAGUAUCUAAAAGUAAUAUUAAAUGGGUGUUUAAAAAAUUAUAAUUUUUAUAUUUUUUUUAACUUAAGUUGUUUAUCCAAAUAUUUUCUAAUUUUUUUUAAAAAAUAGGUGUUUAUUAUAUCAUAAAUGCAAAAAUAUAAUAAAUAUUUUUUAUAAAAAAUUAUCAUUUUUGUAUAUUUAAAGUUAAGCCUAAAAACGAUUAACAAAAUUUUUAUAUUUUUAAACAAAUCAAGUUUUAAAUUUGACUUUAUUUUAAUGAAACUUAAGCAUUAUAGAUUUUUUUCACAAUUUAAACUUGAAUUUUAAGUAUUUGCUCGACUUAACUUUUUUAGACUGCCAAGUGUGAUCACGAUCCCUUUUCCUGCCACUCACAUUCUCAAAAGUAGCUUGCAACGACAUUUGUAAAUAUUUUUUUGGGUACAGAAUUUCUUUAUCUUACUGAAUUCACACUGUAAAGUAAAUUAUAUUUCAUUAUUGUUUGGAAAUAUUAAAAUUGUCAU